UGAGUAGCAGUAAUUGAAGUCAAUAAAACCGCGUGAAAAGUUGGCCGUCAACGCGAAACUAAAACCACGACAGAACGAAAACGCAAAACAAAAUCAAAACCCUAGAAGAGAGCUGCUCUCACUUCACUCACUCUCUUUGCUUUCUUCUUCUCUCACUCGAAAACCCAAAACCUCAUCUCUUUUUCUCUCGCUCUAACGCUGGGAUUGAUUCAAUACUAGGGCUUGUCGUUUCUCAAUACGAGUAUUCGCCUUUCGAUUCGAUCGACUUGUUGUAGAUAUUCGUCGGCUCUGAUUUGAUUCGGUUUUUGCAGUUUCAACCAUGAUUGCUACUGAAGCUGUAAUAACUAAGAAGAAGUUGAAGAUUAAGUUUGGAAACCAGAGAAUUGAAGUUGUUCCUGGGACACAAUCAUGUGAAUAUGAGCAUAAGGUAACAGUGGUUGAAAAUUGGCAUCACAAAGCCUCUGGGAAUGAAAUUAGGCAAUUGGAGAUGAGUAAAUCACAUCCUUCAUCUGAUUUGAAAAGGAUGUUUGCUUCUGCUUCUUCAAAGGAGAGACCUCCAGUGCUAGCUGGUAACAAGCGCGAAGCCCUGGAUAUGAUAGAGGGUCCAAAGGAUAAAAGGCGAAAGAUGGACCGUGGUAUAACCCACCAGUGUUCUGUCAUUUUGAAAUCACUGAUGGCCCAUUCAGCUGGCUGGGUUUUCAAUCAACCAGUGGAUCCUGUGAAAUUGAAUAUACCUGAUUACUUCUCAAUUAUAUCUAAGCCAAUGGAUUUGGGAACAAUAAAAAUGAAGCUGAAUAAAAAUAUGUACUAUGGAACUGAAGAGUUUGUGGCUGAUGUCAGACUGACAUUUUCUAAUGCCAUGCUUUAUAAUCCUCCAGAGAAUAAUGUUCAUAAAAUGGCAGAGGAAUUGAAUGAUCUCUUUCUUAUGAAAUGGAAAUCCUUGGAGGAUAAAUGGACACAUGAAAGACCAAAAGCUGGACUGGGGAAAGUGGUAAGCGGAAAAAUGAUGGAAGUCAAUGAUACAAGAGAUAAUUGUCCCAAAACACCUCCCUUACAUAACCCUUUGUUGUCAAAGAACUUGAAGACAGCAGAAGAAAGGGCUGUAAGGAAUCCCACUUAUACAACAGAUACAAAAGUAGAGCAUCCCAGACCAUCACAGAGCUGCUCAAACAAGACAGCAGGGAAACAUUUACAGAAAGGCACUGAUGGUGGUGGUAGACGUGCUUGUGGCAUUGCUAAUGCCAAGCCACCAUUGAGCCCAGUUGCCUCAAAAAAAUGUGGCAAAUGCGACAACACUACUUGUCAAUGCAACCUUCCUAGUGAUUCAACUCAUGCGUCCUUAAGUGAUGUCACUUCAGAAAGAUCGUUUGGUGGAGAUCACCGUGCAUGUAGUGCUGAUGCUUCUAAAUGGGAUUGUCAAGCAAAAAGUACAUCAACAUCACUGACGAGCAAGUCAGAUCCUGAUUCUGAUGGGGCUGUAAGUGCAUUGGAUGAUGGAAAUUUAUGUCCUAGUUCUCAGCUUACACCUCUGGCAACAGAUUCUGCAUCUGCAGAAGAUUGGACAACAUCACUCCUAGGUGCACAAAUGUCACCAAAGAAGGCUCUCCGUGCUGCUAUGCUAAAGAGUCGUUUUGCAGACACAAUUUUGAAAGCACAGCAGAGGACACUCCUUGAUCAUGGUGACAAGGCUGACCCUGUGAAGAUGCAGCAAGAGAAAGAAAGAUUAGAAAGGAGGCAACGUGAAGAGAAGGCUAGGAUCGAAGCCCAAAUCCAGGCUGCUGAGGCUGCCUCACGAAUUAAAGCAGAAAUUGAGUUGAAAAGGCAACGAGAGAAAGAAAGAGAAGCUGCCCGUAUUGCCUUGCAAAAGAUGGAAAGAACUGUGGAGAUAGAGCACAACCUGGAGAUUCUGAAGGAACUUGAAGUGCUAACAGGGUUUUGCUUAUCCCCACAUCUCCGGGAGGGCAAUAAAGGGUCAGCAAUGUCGAAGAGAGCAUUUAAGGGACCUGAUAAUGAGAACCCAUUGGAGCGCAUUGGUUUGGUUAUGAAAAAUGAUUAUUUGGGGGAUGAUGAUGAGGAGAUAUUGAAUCUGAAUGGGGAUGGGGAGGAAGGAGAGAUUUUUUGAUGAAAUUAAAAUUUUCCUUGAUUUUCUAUUUUCUUUCCAAUUUUCCAGCUCUCAUGUUAAUACGGUUGGGUAGUGCGAGAGGGAAAAGGGGACAUGAUAUUGUAAAUGAAUACAUGCUUUUUUGUAGGGGAAGGGAAGGGAAGGAAAUGGCUGGCAGCUUUGUAAUUAGAUACAAGUAAUUAAUUAUACAGAUCAAAUAUGUAACACAGGUUAUUAAG